CCUACCCCUAUCCCUACGCCCUUACUUCUCACACUUUUCGAGCGGGAAAUAAUAGAACACACUCAUAUAUGCUUUCUUCAUAUCCUUUCUCUCUCUACAAACCCAAGAUUUCAUUUUUCUACUUCAAUUUGUUCUUCGUCAAACUACAUGGAGUGUUGCCUUUGUGUACUUUUUAGUAUUUCUUUGUUACAAGCAUUUAUUAUACUAGCUAGUACUUGCUCUUAGCGUGUGUAUUUCACUUUCUCUCACUAGUUAAAGGUAGUGCGAAAAGAUGCCGGAGGUGUCCAUAGAUGGAUUUUCCAUCAGGGAGUAUACUGCGAAGAUGAGGAGUGUGGACGUGGUGAAAUUCUGUCCGUUGGAUGAUGAUGAUGUGAAAGCUAAGUUUCCUCCAAUUGAAGUGAAGAAAUUCAGGUGGUGGCGUGAUGUACUUGUUUCUGAUAAGGAUUAUGAUGAUGAUGAUGUUGUUGUUCCGGUUGCGAAAAUUGGAACAACUGAUAGGAAGAUGAUUAAGUCUGUUAAGGGAAAAACAAGGGUUCAGAAGAAGAGGUCCAUUGCUGAUAUUUUUGCCGUGACUCCGCAAGUGGAGAGAAUUGAUGAUGAGGAGGAGAAUGAUAAUAUUGUUGUUGCUAAUGAAGGGAAAACUGUGUUGUCCUAUCAGAAUGUUAACGCAAUUGGAAAUGGUAAAAGCAAGAGGAGAAGCACAGUGAAGACGAAGAGGGAGAAAACGAUUGUGAGCAAGUUGAAGGAGGUGAAGAAGACGAUAGUGAAGGAUAAGAAGUUUAAGCAGAAGAAGAAAGUGAAUAGUGGUUGCUCGGGUCUACUAAUCCGGAAGAAGGAGAAACCUGACAAGCUCAAAGUUCCCAAUUCAUCUCCAAAACCAAGUUGUUCGCAACAUAGAAAGAAAUGUGAGAAGGACAUGACAGAUGCUAGUCCUACCUACUGGAGGAAACGACAAAGGAAACAUAUGGUUUCAGAAAAGAAGGCCAAAGGACCAACUGAUUCCAAGUUCUCUCCGGAUCACCAAAAGAUGGUGAAUCCAGUUUGCAGCAACCUCAAGAAAAGGACUAGACGGUUUCCAGUGGAGAAGUCAACAGGUGGUAUUUUAUGUGGUUCUAGUGAUGCAAAUUUUUGCAGCAAUCAACAAGGCGACAAACAUGUCACCUCAGAUAAUGCUGCAGAAAGAGGAGAGGUUCUACCCCUUGUGGAGGAGAAAGUAAUAGAUAAAUACAUUUCAAGCACUACAGAAAGUGAGGUUACUGUUCAACCAGGAUCUCCAAAGAUAUUGUCCACUGUGCAUACUGCAGCUGAUGCUUCUGAAUUACUUAGGGACAAUAAUAGCAGUACUAAAGAUCAUUCAUUUGAAGGCGGUGAAGUUCUUAGUCAAGUUCCUGAGGAAAAUGACAAUUUACAAUUAUUGAGAAGAAGCUACGGGUUGGCAUCUCAAGGUUCUGGUUCGUUGUAUCUCUGCAAUCCUGGGUCUCUUCAUGUGCCUCAACAGAUGUAUGAACACCAAAGGAACGACCAAAUAGUUGGAAGUCCAAUUAAUGCUUGCGGUGCUAAUGAGGGAUCACAUGAUCAGUUAAGAUGUUCUCUCCCUGAAGUUGCUGGAGUUUGCUCCAUGCAUUCUGUGAAGGCGUAUCCUCAACAUUCAUCAGCUCAGGAAAAUUUGAACAGGAGGAAGCCUAUUUUGCUGCCAGAAGAUAUCAUGGGAAACUGCAGUGGUAAUUGCAUGCAAUAUCAGCCACUCCCUCAAAUCUCCCGUCAGGAAUUAAUGUGCAAAACAUGUUCUUUCCCUGAGUGGAAGCAAAGAGAAUCCAUGUACAGAGAGAAGGGAAUUGAAAAAGACUAUGUUAGUUUGCCUCUCAACUCUCAAGGGGAAUUAAUCGAUCUGAACUCAAACCGUAAAAGAAAGUUGACUCAGCUGCCAAGCUCAAUGGGAAUUGCGGGCUCUUCCAGAGGAUUAGCUGUAAACAACGCUUCACCCUCAAACAUGGAAAUCCUCUUUGAUGCUAGAGGUCGCGAUAAACGAGCACCAUCCACAGACCAGCUAAAAAGGUCCUCUGCAGAUGAUUCAAUGGAAUGGAGCCCUACUUUUCCCGUACCUUCAAGAUUAGGUAUCUAUGAGUAUGAUGCUGGAAGAACAAAUGUUGAGAUUGAUCCACUAAAGAAAAAUGAGGAAUCUAUUACUCCUUUUGAGUUAGAUUGUCCUGUCAGUAAUUUGUCCGACCAUAGGAUCAAGCAAAACUAUCAGGCCAAGCUACUUGAAACCACAAGGAGUAAGCAAUAUGGGAAUUCUGAUGAUGUCUCAUUGCCUGUGACCCCAUCGAAGAUGCGUCUGAUGGGACAAGAGUUUACAGUUGGUGGACGAGAUUUUCAUGUACCACAGGAUAAAAGGAUUUGGACAGAUAAGCAGUUCAUUGCUGAUAAUUUUUCAGCACAGAGUUACCGCUGCAAUUCAGUGGUUGCAAAUCAUGAUCAACAAAAUCUCACUGUGCAUCCUGUGCUGGGAACACUGAAAGGUGUGGUUGCUUGCUCUCCUAGUAUCCAAAUCAAUCAGCCCAUUUUAAGGCCUCGGGUUUGCCCCCCUCAAUUCAGCUGUCAAAUUGAUCCGGUGCAGCAAAAUUGUUUAGGUGCUACCAAACAAAGCCCUUUUACAGGUGGAUGUAAAUCUUUCAACUCUUAUGCGCCUGUACCAACAUUAAUGCAUCAUUACUCCAGUCAGAAUGGGGUCUCGAGCUUUGUUGAUCUGAACAGUUCAAGCUGCGCCAUGAAUUUUCCUUUCUUGCGUCCAGAUUCUGGAAGGCUCCAGCCAUCCUGGUCUCCGUUCUCUUCAGAAAGCACCCCAUGGUUUUCAGUGACGAAAGAAAAGAAAUCACAAAUGGAUCUUCAUGAAUUAUAUUCAACAUCUGACAGGAAACAUCAUUACUACAGCAUUGCUGGGGAUAACCGUCAAUUUGACCCUUCGGUAUAUCUUGCGCCAGAGCGCUUUUGUUCUUUCACUCAGCGCUCUCCACCUGUGUUGGUGAAUCCAGUUCCUGCACCAUCUUCAGCUACCUAUUCCCCGAUGCCACUCCAAAUUGGUCCAAGAGUAAAUGCUGGCCCAAAAAAGAGACAUGGUGACGUGAAAAAUAUCAUAUCUACUCCUUGUCUUAGAGACCCCGGUGACAGCAGAAAGGGCAAAAAGAGGCCGUUAUCUACAUUAGACGAUUGUACAAAUGUGGCAAAGAUCCCUAACUUGGGGUUUCAACAGGAUCCCUAUGUUGUUUUAGCACCAUUAAAAAGCCAUUCUAAUUUUGAAGGUCAAUUCAGCUGGAGAAAAGCAUUUGAAGCAGGUUCAGUUAAAGGCGUGGCAAACAGUAUUGAGAGUGGCCGCGUUGGAGCAUCGGAGGUAUGCCUUGGAUCUUUUAACAAUGAAGAUACUCUCAAACUUGGGCCCAUUAAAUUAACUGCUGGAGCAAAGCAUGUGCUUAAGCCCUGCCAGAAUAAUGCUGAGAAGAACUUCCAGCCAACCCAUUCAACUGUCCAGUUCGGCGCUUCUUCUGCUGGCAACUCAGGAAACUGAGCAAUCAACCAAUAUGUACAAGUACUAGUGGUGAGGCCCAAUAAAUGACAAGCUUUCUGGUAUAAACUGUCAGUCUCCAACUGUAUGAAUCACAGGAACAAAUGUUUUGCUAGUUGCAGUAGUUUUUCUCUGCUCCGGUGGACUUGAAUUCAGAUUCAAAGUAGUCAAACCAUGACGCUGCAGUUGAAAUGUUGACUUGUAGUCUAACCAUGAUGCUGCAGUUGAAAUGUUGGGCAAGCCAUUUUAUCAUGGAUCAGGAUCUGUCCUAGCUGAGUGAGAGACCCCUUGAUAAUUAUAUCAAGAUAUACAGAAAUAUGUGAAUACAUGAGGGCACCUCUGUAGAUCGCAUAGUUUGUGAUACUUCAUGUGACAGAAUCUAAAACAUGGACAAUGCAAUCUUAUGAAGUCUAAAGAAGGUUCUUGUGAUGGCUAGAAUAUCUUCGCGCUUCUGUAAAUUUAAGGUGCUCGUGCUUGGCCAAAUGAAUGCCAUGGCGAUCUCUAUUCCGUCUUUUCUUGAUCUCUAUUUCAUCUUUCUUCUUUCAUAAUGAAGCACGGAUUUGUUUCUAUUGGCAAUGAAAAUGAACAGCAUCAAGAAUUUGCAAAUGGA